AGGGUACAUGGUCCUGUUUGCUGUGCAGGAUUUUGGAGGAAUACAAUUACAAAGGUUUGCGAAGCUUGCCCGAUAGGAUAUCUAGGAUUUAAUUGCUCUACAAUAUGUGCUUAUCCGAGCUAUGGAAAGGAUUGCCAAAAAGACUGCAAUUGUGAAGAACAUCUUUGCCAUCAUGGUUAUGGAUGCAUUGCAUCCACAAAAGCAAUCCCUUCAUCAGACGGAUGGGACACGAGUUCAAAAGCAUGGAUUAUUAAAAAUAUUACAGAGGGUCGUUCAACGACUACUGAACCGAGCGUAACCAUUACGUCUUCCACUUACAAUCCAGACAAUUUUUCAGUAAAUACUGAGCUUGUCGUUUACAUUGGGAUCAUUUUAAUUGGACUGUUUGUCUUAUUUUUUGGAUUAUGCGUCGUCACAUAUGUGUAUCAAAAGUGUACUAAAAGAGCAGACAUCAGAAAUGGUCUCGAAAGCAAUAUAAUUGACCAGUUUGUUCAGUAUAAGACUCUAAAUUUUGAACUUGGAGAACAAGAUUUAAUGCUAAAUCAGGAGCAAAGAGGACGAUUAAAAUCAGAUCCGACAUAUUUGUCUCCAGUGUUCGAUGGUGGUACUUCGUACGAGGAAUUUGAAACACGAAAUGAUCCUGUGAGCGAGAACAUGAUCACAGAUAACGAAGAUUUUGAUGAAUCCAUAGAAAUGAUACAGGAAACGAUUCCACAAUCAAACAUGGAGGUUCCAGAAGAUGGCACCGACUUGGCUCCAGAACAUUCCCCGAAACACAUUUAUGUGAAGAUUGUGGAUGAUGACGAAUCGGGAUAUAUAAACAAAAACGAAAAUACUAGUAUUGAAGAUUUCAAUGAUAAGAGACGUAGUCCUGAAGGCAGAGAAUCUGGAUAUGUUAAUUCAUAGAAAGUCAAUUAUAUCAA